AUAUAUUUAAAAUUAUAUUAGAGACGAGGAAGAUGUGACGCAGACAUCCCACCUUGGGGAUACUGAUUUCAGGGAGGCAGAUGAGGGGCAUCCGGGAGGGCGGGGUACUGGCCAGUGCUUGGCUAGUAUUACGGUAAUACCGUAUAUAUUACCGAAUAGGGUGAAGGCAGGUAGGCGGGCAAAAUUUACAGAACGGUGCAAAAGAGCGGUGGUAAAACUUCUUUCCGGCUAAUUUUACCAUCGCUGAAUAACAGAACGACAGGUUUACGGGACAUUGCGCAUCAUUUGCGGGUAUCAAUUUGCGAGAGAUUCCCAGAACUUACGGGAGAGCUGUAGAUGCUGCUGGAACUGCUUUUCGGUUACACGAGCCACAGCAGCCGGCGUCAGACCACAGUGUUGCGGCAUUGAAGCUCGCAGGCUCGGCUGGGCUGAAGCACGGGCGAUCGCUGACACCACAGCCCCGGGACGGUAUUCGUAAAUCCCCCCGCCCAACGCCGGUCCACGCCAGCUUCCGAGCAGACGACUCGAAUCAGGCGAAGCGGCGUGCCGUGCCGAAGGGGGCGGGCUCCGGGGAGACCUCUGAACCCGGAGACAUCCGCCAGUCUCCUCCCCUUAUCGCUCUCCCCGCGUUCAUCAUGGCGCCUCCGUCGGUCUUCCUGCGGUGCGGAUUUUACUUCCAAAGACGGAAACUGGGUCUCUUGCUGCGACAGACGAGCUCGUAUCACGCCGUGAGACACGCCGACGAGAAGAGAGGCCAGACCCCGCAUAAGAACCAGAAGGCCUUCCAGUUCAGCCCUGGAUUGAGGACAUCGGCGUGGGCAAACGGAUGGAACGGACACGGCAGACGCAUACUAGAACCCGUGAAGGACCUGACUCUAUGGCAGGCAGUGGACAAGCGGACAUGCUGGCACGGUCACGCAGGCGGGGGCUUAAGCGCGGAUCCCAAGAACGUGCUGAAGGAGGUGAAUUCCAGGCAGAUCCUAGCAGCCAUGCUAUCAUACGUCUGGCCCAAGGACAGACCAGAUCUGCGGGCACGUGUAGCUGUCUCCCUGGGCCUGCUGGCUGGAGCGAAGGUGACCAACGUCAUGGUGCCCUUCAUGUUUAAAUAUGUGGUGGAUGGCCUCAACCAGAUGUCAGGAAACGUGCUGAACCUGAGCGAGGCACCAAACACAGUGGCAACCAUGGCAACGGUCGUGCUCAUUGGCUACGGUGUGUCGAGAGCUGGUGCCGCCCUCUUCAACGAGCUCAGGAACGCCGUCUUCGGGAAGGUAGCCCAGAGCUCCAUCCGGAGGAUUGCCAAGAAUGUCUUCCUGCACCUCCACAACCUGGACUUAAACUUUCACCUGAGCCGCCAGACGGGGGCGCUGUCCAAGGCCAUUGACAGGGGGACGCGGGGCAUCAGCUUCGUGUUGAGUGCCUUGGUCUUCAACCUGGGGCCCACAGUCUUUGAAAUGGCCCUCGUCAGUGGCAUCUUGUAUUACAAGUGUGGAGGCCAGUUUGCGUUGGUGACGUUGGGAACACUGUCUGCAUACACGGCCUUCACCAUCGCGUUCACGCAGUGGAGAACCCGCUUCAGGAUAGAAAUGAACAAAGCAGACAAUGAGGCCGGAAACGCAGCCAUCGACUCCCUCCUGAAUUAUGAGACUGUGAAGUAUUUCAACAAUGAGAAGUAUGAAGCCGAGCGCUACGACGGCUUCCUGAAGACGUACGAGUCCGCCUCCCUGAAGACCACCUCCACACUGGCCAUGCUCAACUUUGGGCAGAACGCCAUCUUCAGCGUGGGCCUGACCUCCGUCAUGGUGUUGGCCAGCAAAGGCAUCUUGGCGGGGACCAUGACCGUGGGCGACCUGGUGAUGGUCAACGGGCUGCUCUUCCAGCUUUCCAUGCCUCUGAACUUCCUGGGCACGGUGUAUAGGGAGACCCGGCAGGCUCUCAUCGACAUGAACACACUCUUCACCCUGCUCAGCGUCGACACCAAGAUCAAGGACAAGGCGCUGGCCCCCCCGUUGCUGGUGACACCCCGGGAGGCCACCAUCCGCUUCGAGGACGUGCACUUCGAGUACCUGGAGGGCCAGAAGGUUCUCGACGGGGUGUCUUUUGAAGUGCCCGCGGGAAAGAAGGUGGCCAUCGUUGGCGGCAGCGGCUCAGGAAAGAGCACCAUCGUGAGGAUGCUCUUUCGCUUCUACGAGCCCCAGAAGGGCACCAUCUACGUGGCAGGUCAGAACAUCCGCGACGUGGGUCUGGAAAGCCUGAGGAAGGCCGUGGGGGUCGUACCACAGGAUGCCGUCCUGUUCCACAACACUAUCUUCUACAACCUGCAGUACGGCAAUAUUCAUGCCUCUGACGACGACGUCUACAACGUAGCCAGGCUGGCAGGCAUUCACGAUGCCAUCUUAAGAAUGCCCCACGGGUACAACACCCAGGUGGGGGAGCGAGGUCUCAAACUGUCAGGCGGAGAGAAGCAGCGCGUGGCCAUCGCACGGGCCAUCCUGAAGAACCCGCCUAUCCUGCUGUACGACGAGGCAACGUCUUCGCUGGACUCCAUCACCGAGGAGAACAUUCUGAGCGCCAUGAAGGAGAUGGUGAAGGACAGGACCUCCAUCUUCAUCGCUCACAGAUUGUCCACCAUUGUGGACGCGGACGAGAUUAUUGUCCUGAAUCAGGGUAAGGUAGCAGAGCAGGGGACCCACCAGGAGCUGCUAGACAGGCCGGGCAGCCUGUAUUCGGACCUGUGGAACACGCAGAACAGCCGGAUCCUGAACAGCAAGGGGGAGACAGAGCUAAAGCAGGAGCGCCUGUCCAGGAAAGAGGAGGAGAGGAAGAAGCUACAGGAGGAGAUUCUCAACAGCGUCAAGGGCUGUGGGAACUGCUCCUGCUGAGGGGCCUACUGACCAGUGACCUCUGACCUCUGAAUGCAGAGGGCCAUCCAGUUAGAUAUUCUUCUGGGGCUUUGCUGGCACGGGGGAACUCAUUCCAUCUCCUCCUCCUCACCACCUUCCCCGACUCCUCGUACUCACUCACUCUAAUACUGGUAUCCACCCGCACUUGGUUCUAGGGAUGCAGCUCAUUAAAGUGGGAAACUCAAGAGAGUGUCACUUUUUGACAGCUUUCUGUUUAUAUAAAAAAAAUAAAUACAAAAACUGUUCGCUGGUUCUCUCACCGACCGAAACCGAGCCUUUAACCUCCGCUGUUGGCAUGUGAGAGACUCUCUUCAGGUCAAAAAAGAUGCAAAUUUAGCUUGAAGGUAUUUUUAACCGCAAAGGGUGGCCUUGUUUAAUCACCACUCUGCGGCCCCAAAUCAUCUUUCAAUGGACAGCACCGUUAUUUUCAAAUGAUUAUCUUUCUCCUGUGUAAUCGGGAACUCUUUUGAUAGCUGUUUUUAUUAAGUUUGUGUACAUAUCAUAAGAUCAAACCCAUAGGAUUCUGACAUAAAAAGAUGUUAUUACUGACUACAUUUCUGUUUCAUGUAAAUCUGGCUGUUAUGAGGCAAAUCCAGCACCGGUCAAUGUUUCUUCGGUAAAUAACUAUCUCCUGCUGUUAAGUUUCGCGUGGUAGGCAGUGAGGACGGACACUCCUGCAGCAAAUUUCUAUAUUUCGAUGCAAACUGCUCUCCUGUCUGGACUGUACUCUAGGUUUCGUCUGGGGGGGGGGGGGGGGGCAUACUUGCAGGGGGAGACUCACCUUGUCUUUGAGGACGUCAGCAUCAAGAAGCUGGACUUGGAGAGACUGCAGAUUCCGGGAACUUGGUUGCCUUGACAUUCAGCUCUUGAAUGUACGUCACAUGUGCGGGAUCAGCCGGCUAUUUAUACUUGCAGUGAAAUGGAUUUAGCAGAGCACCAUAGGAGUGAUCCUAGCUGCUUUGUAAAAAUAACGAUAACCAAAAUUUCGGAAGCUUGGAGGACACAUAUGCUGGUCCUCUGGUGCAGCCUGAGCCCUAAAGAACGUCGGAGCCAUCGCUGCGGAGUGUGCUCAUUCCUCAGACACUAACAAAGUGUUAAUUACACUAUCAGCUGCUGCCAGAAGUGUAUUUUUGCUCUUGCUUUGUGAUAACGUGUUUGUAAAUGUUUUCAGGUAUCACAUACACACACACACACAACCACCCCGAUUCUGUUCAAACGUUGCGGUGAAGCGUAUACCUGCUGGAAGGUCGGAAGAACCAGUUCUGUGCCACGUAGGGUUGCUUUUUUGGGUUGAACACGUAUGUGAAUGCACUGAAGAGAGUAGGAGAGAGAUUCUGCCAAUAAUAAAACAGGCAGGUUCUGCGGCAAAUAUAUAAAUAAGUCAGUCAAAGUAGAGUCACUUUGUGUGGGACCCUCAGGCUCUGUUGGCUAUGUGAGUGAUGUGCCAUCAGGCAUUGUGAUUUUAAACCGUUUUUCUCGACAGAUUGUCCCAGGAGGACCAAGAUAUGAAUCCUAUUGUGAUGGCCUAUUGCAGUCUGGGGUAGUGGCAGGAUGACAUUAAACUUGUUGACUCCGUUUAGAGAGGAUGUUCUGGUCGGUACCUUUAUUGCAUGUGUCUUCUGUGCAGAGAUUCGGGCCAGUAACUGGUAGGCUGGUCCUAAGCUUGUAUCCUUGCAUAAAAUACCCCGAAACCUA